AUGAUUUAAUUUGGCUCUGAAAAAACAUAUUUAAAACAAAGAUAAACUGAUUCAAAAUGUAAGAAAUUGAUUAAAACUAUUUAGAUGAAUUAGACCCAAAUAUAUUCACAGUUAGAUUUUCAGAACUAGCCGAGGAGUGUAAUUAUAGAAUUCAUCAAGGGGAUGCUUUAUAAUGCAAAAAUUGUUCAGGGAUUUUAAAUAUAUAUUCAAAUUUAGAAAGCAAUGGAAAUUCAUAAUAGUUUAAAUGGGUCUGUGAAUUUUGUGAAUAUCUGAAUGAAAUAUAAAUGGAACUGGAAGAAAUUCCAUAAAAUGAAGAAGUUUUAUAUCUAACAUCUCCAGAAAUUUACGAGAAUACAAAAAAGAAUGCAAAAUCUAUUAUCUUUUGUGUGGACAUUAGUGGUUCAAUGUCAAGUACAACUUAAAUAAAAGGAAGAGUAGAUUGUAAAUCAGGUAUAUCUUAAGAAGAAUAUGAAAAUUUAAAAUAAUUUAUUGAUCCUGCAGAUCAUUCUCAUUAUUUAAGAAAAAUAUAAAAAGAAUAAAGAAGAUAAAAAUAUAUAUCUAGAAAAUAAUGUUUAAUUUCUGCAAUAGAAUAAUAAAUAAAGAAUUUAAAAGAAAAAAAUUCAAAGAAUUUAGUAGGAUUAGUAACUUUUAAUAAUGAGAUAGUAGUAUAUGGUGAUGGAUCAUAAAAACCUAUAGUAUUAUCUGGUGAAUAAUUAAAUUAAGAGAAUGAAAUAAAAACAAUUUUAAAUAGAAAUGCUUAAAAAAUGAUGUAGAAUCCAGUAGGUAAAUCAGCAGAAGUAUUAAUUAAAAGAUGUGGAUAAUUGUAGGAAAAUGGUUAAACUGCUUUAGGUCCAGCUUUAUUAUCUGCAUUAGAAUUAGCAAAAGUUGGUAAACCUGGUUCAAUGAUAAUUAUAUGUACAGAUGGUUUAGCAAAUUAUGGAUUAGGAUCAUUAGAUGGUGAUUCAAAUACAAAUUUUUAUGAAAAAUUAGGAUAAUAAGCUGCUGAAAAGGGAAUUAUAAUAUCACUAGUUACCAUAAAAGGGGAAGGAUGUAAAAUAGAUUAAUUAGCAUAAUUGGUUGAAAAAACUAAUGGAAUUGUAACUAGAGUUGCACCUGAAAAGAUAGGAUAAGAUUUUGAAAAUAUAAUCAAUGAUGAAGUUAUUGGAACUUAAGUAGAAUUAUAAGUUACUUUACAUAAAGCCUUAUAAUUUAGAGAGGAUGACAAUAUUUAAGAGUAAAAUGAAAUUAGAAAAUAUAUUGGUAAUAUUACUAAAACAACUAUUUAAUCUUUUGAAUAUUAACUAAAAUCUAUAGAAGAAUUAGAAAAACAACGAUUUAAUAUUAAUAAACUCAAAUCUAUUCCAUUUUAAAUAAGAAUUAAUUACACUAAUUUAAAAGGAGAAAAAUUAAUGAGAGUAUUAACUAAAAAUGUUUAAACUACUUAAAAUAUUGAAGAAGCCGAAAAAAAAGCUUAAGUUGAUGUUAUUCAUAAAAGAAUGGCUCAAAAAACAGCUUAAUUGGCUAAAUAAGGAAAUUAUGAAGAAGCCUAUUAAUAUAAUUAAAAUUGGGUUUAAUAUAUCAAUUCCAAUCCACAUAUUAAUAGUAAUCUCAUUAAUUAAGAACAAAAUUAGAAAUAUUCAAAACAUAAUGCUAAAUUAGCUAAUGCUUUAAAAAAUUAAGAAGCAAGAAAAUAAAGAUCUUUAUUAUUUUAACAAACACUUUCUUAAACUUAACCUAUUAUGGAUAAUUCUCAAUAUUUCAAUUAAUAUAAUUCAACUCCUAUUAAUUAAAAUAAAUAAAAAUAAUAGUCACAAGCUAUAAAAACAUAGAAUUCAUCUUUAAAAUCAAUAUAAACACCAUUAGAUAAAGAAUAAAAUUUAUUAAAAAAUAAUAAUCAUUAACCAUUUUAAGAAACUCCAACAGCAAUUGAGUCUUAAUCCUUCCAAUUAAAUUAAUAAUUUUAAUAAAAAAAAAAUGAUAAAAAUUCAAGUGAAUUAGAUUGCUCUAAUUCUAUAACUAAAUUUGAUACAAAUUCAUGUAUAACAGGAUAUGAAUCAAAUGGUAAUUUAGCACCAUCAUAGAAUGAAUCUGAUGAAGAUUAAGAUUUUACUACUUUGUUCUUUUAUGAAAAAGCUAGUUUUUGA